AUGGAUGCGGCAGCCAAGAACAACGGCAAAUCACUGAAUGAUUGCAUACAUCCUGGUCCCAAGCUCCACCGUGAAAUAAUUGAUGUCCUCAUGCGCUUCCGUAAGAAUCCAAUCGCCAUAGUAGGUGACAUCGCAGAAAUGUUUCUGCAAAUCGAGUUGGCACCAAUGGAUAGAAAGUAUCAUCGGUUCCUCUGGCGUGAUAACGAGAAUGAACCAGUCCGGGAAUAUGAGUAUCAACGGCUAGUGUUUGGCAAUAGUGCGUCCCCAUAUCUCUCGCAGGACGUAAUUAGGCAUCAUGCUAAAACACAUGCAGAUUCCCAUCCUGAUGCAGCAGAAUCUGUGUUGCACUCUACAUAUGUUGAUGACGUAAUGGACAGUGUUAUUUCUGAGCAAUCUGGCGUCGAGUUGCGGCGUGAAAUAACUGACCUACUCGGAACAGCUGGAUUCGUCAUCAGGAAAUGGAUGUCGAACAGUAUAAACGUGCUUCGUGAUGUGCCGGAAAACGAGCGGGCCUUAAACAUUGAAUUAGACUCGAACUAUUUACCAGCGAUAAAAACGCUGGGUUUGAUAUGGGAUGCAAGUCGUGAUGUGUUCACGUUCAAAGUGGAAAUCCCGCCAUCGGAAAUGAGAGCAACAAAACGAAACGUGUUUCGAAGCUCAGCAACGCUCUAUGACCCACUGAAUUUUUUGGCACCGUUUACGAUUCGUGCAAGAAUCUACAUGCAGCAAACCUGGGUCAAGGGCAUAGAGUGGGACGAACUUCUUCCGUCGGAGUUAUCGCGAGAAUGGAGAAACUGGUUCAGGGAACUUCCCAAGCUUACGGACAUAAAAGUGACGCGAUGUUUGUCACUACAUAACGGACGUAUCGUCAGGAAAAUGCUUCAUACGUUCGUGGAUGCAUCGAUGUGCGCAUAUGCUGCAGCCAUCUACUUACGGUGCGAGUACGAAGCGGGACAAAUCUCGGUUGCCUUAGUUGCAUCCAAAGUUAGAGUAGCGCCACUUAAGUCACUGUCGAUUCCAAGACUAGAAUUAUCAGGAGCACUGAUUGGUCUUCGUUUGACGCAGCGUGUGCGUGCUACACUAAAGAUAGCAAACUCCGAAAUCAUUUACUGGUCGGAUAGUUUGAAUGUACUCUAUUGGAUUCGCGGCGAGUCGCGUCGUUACAAGCCAUUUGUUGCACACCGGGUUGGCGAGAUCCAUGAAUGUUCGUCGCCAGAACAGUGGCGUUAUGUGCCUACAAAGUUGAAUAGUGCAGACUUGCCCACCCGUGGAUUAAGUGUAGCCGAGUUGAUGGAGAGUGAUCUGUGGUGGAAUGGUCCGUCGUACUUGGCCCAGGCUCCUUCAAACUGGCCUAAAAAUCGUCUUGAACCAGUCCCCAGUAGAACGAGGGCUAUGAAGUGCGUCCAAUGCGUGUAG